AGCAUGGUACAGGGCUGGUUUAUGCUGUCAGCUAUCACAACAGAAAGGCUUGUGUUGCUCUGAAAUGCUGAAGCAGAGAGACGAGGACAAGAACACAAUUGGAGCUGCCUUUGCAGAGGAAGCAUCUGCCAUGGGGACAGCGACACAGCAAACCCUCAUCACUUUACUCUCCAUAGCAGCAGUGGUUGCCAAGGCAGAAGACACCUGCCCAGAGGUGAGGAUAGUGGGACUCAGUGGUUCCGAUAAACUCGCCGUUCUCCAAGGAUGCCCUGGCAUGGCUGGUGCUGCAGGACCCAAAGGUGACCCAGGAGCUGCAGGAAUGAGAGGUGUUCAGGGAACACAGGGAAUCCCUGGGAAGGCAGGACCACAGGGGCUGAAAGGGGACAGAGGUGUUGCUGGUCCCCCAGGUCCAAAAGGUGAUAAAGGAUCUCCUGGAGCACCCGGAACACUAGGAGAGCGAGAGCUGGACAGCGUCCAGUGUAAGAAAGGAGCAAAGAACUGCAAAGAGCUGUUAGCUAGAGGGAACGCCCUGAGCGGCUGGUACACCAUCUACCCCAGUGACUGUAACGCCAGGACCGUGCUGUGUGACAUGGACACAGAUGGUGGGGGAUGGCUUGUUUUCCAAAAACGAGCAGAUGGAUCCGAGAACUUUUUCCGCGACUGGGAUUCAUACAAGAGAGGUUUUGGCAGCCAGCAGUCAGAAUUCUGGCUGGGGAAUGACAAUAUCCACCUGCUGACAUCCCUUGGAAACCAUGAACUCCGCAUUGACCUCCAAGACUUUGAAAACAACACGCAGUUUGCCAAGUACAAGUCAUUCAAGAUUGCAGGAGAGACGGAGAAAUACAAACUGGUUCUUGGAGACUUUAUUGAAGGCACUGCAGGUGAUUCACUAACCUCGCACAAGGACAUGCUGUUUUCAACCAGAGACCAUGACAACGACCUGGCUUCAAACGCUCGAAACUGUGCUGCAAUCUACAAGGGGGGCUGGUGGUACAAGGACUGUCACUGGUCCAACCUGAAUGGGAUGUACUUGGCUGGUGCCCAUGCCAGCUUUGCAGAUGGUGUGAACUGGAGGACGGGCAAAGGAUAUAAUUAUUCCUACAAACAAUCAGAAAUGAAAUUUAGGCCUGUCUAGCUCAGACAGCAGGCACACGAUGAGAGAGAAUUGCUCUCUGGUUCUUGCCUGUAACAUAUUUCUGCCAGCUGGAUUUUCCCUGCACUGCCUUCUUUCUCCCUCCAAUGCCUGGGUCCUAAGUGUGGCUAAUGCUCGGAUCUUCAUUUUGGUACCACCAAUUUCACUCGUUUCCUUCGGCUCCUACCUGUGACUGCCUUGGCUGCCCAACUAACAGAGCUGCUUCAUGUGCUACAGGGUUCAUGGCUGGGGAUACAAGCCAAAAUGGCACCUCCUUUUAGACACUAAGUAGCAACAAGCUUAAUCUCCACUGAGUCAGGUUUAGAAGCCUGCUCCUGUCGUUAAGGGAGUGGGCUAGGACUCCAGAGAUGGGGGUUCAGGUAUUGCUUCUGCAAUCCAUUCCUGUGUCAUCUUUGGCAAGUAACGUAGGAGACGACUGCACUGCAGCUGGGAGGUGUAAUUCCCAGCGUGGGUAGAUGUACAUGCACUAGCUCUGAUCAGCAGCAGUUUGGCUGUGACACCAUGGGCUCGCCACCCGAGGGCAGGGCUCGGACCUUGGACAGGCUUGGGUCCGCUCAAAAGCGUCUCUCUCUCACCCACCAACACAAGUUGUACUUGUGCAGUUUGCCUGAACCUCUGCUUGCAUCGCCGCAGCCACACUGCUACUUUUAGUGCACUAGCUCGAUCAGAGCUAAAGCGUGGACGUCUCCCGGGGCUGGGAAGAAGUGCAUCUCCAGCUCUAGUGCAGAAUCUCUCGCUGCAACAUGAGGACUGUACUGCUGCAUUUGCCCAUUCUUUGUCUGUGUAGUUUGCAAGCUCUUUGGGGCAGGGACUCUGUCCAGGUGUGCAAGGGGGGUCCCCAUUCCACAUUCCUGUAAUGCAAAUAAUAAUGGGAGUCCUUAGACUUCUCUCAACCCCAGAACCACACCUUCCUCUGCCUUUGCCUGCUCCCCCUACCAUGAGACAGGGCUCUCAGAUAACCCAUCACUUCUCUUCUAAAUAAACAUUUGCCAAGUGCAUGUCUAGGGAGUAGAGUCUUCUCUGCAGGAGAAAAGAGGCUGUAAAAUAAUCAUUGUUCUAUCUAUUUAUGGAGCACCCCAUCACUAUGAGAUCCAAGCAUUUCCAGCUACCCCCGGGUUUAAUUUGGUUAAUAUUUUCCAGCAUUAAUCCUCUCACAGAUCACAGCUGAGUCGAGUCUCUGCUCUGAGAGCAGCUCUCUGAGCACCUUUCUACUGUUUCUGGCUCCUGCUGAUGUUGGUGCUGGUUCCACCCAGACCCCUCUGGAGCAUGGCAUGGUUUGUACAGACUCCCUUGCCUGGAGGCUGCUGCCCCACUGAAUGACAGCUGUGGUUUAGGGCUGUUUUGUUCCCGGGCGUUUCUUCAUGUUCAUCCAAAGCCACAGAAGCCGUCACUGUGUUGUGGGAAACAGAGCCGGGACGGCAGGGAGUGAGAACAAUGGAAAUUCCUACCACCCUGACUGCGCCAUAUCACUGAUCAUUUUAAACUCUAAAUAAAACACUAUUGUACAUCAA